AUUUAAUAAGAGCACACUUACAGCCUGAAUAGACAGUUCUUUUCAUUGCUUAAGAUUGUUGUUGUUGAUGGUUUUUGACUUCAUUCUGCUUUAACUGAAAGACACGCUAUUAUUUAUUAUCCAUUGCAAAGACAUGUAUACAAAACUUUUAGUAUUGUUGCUUUGUUUAUAUGCAGUUAGGACUGCUGAACUAGUUCCUAGUUGGAAAGUCCUCCAAGAGAAACUCCAUGAGAAAGUGGAAGAAAUUUUUAAUAAUGAUAGAACUGGUAGCUAUAUAAAAAUAAAAACUGGUAAAUUUUUUCGUUACAGAUUGCCCGGCUCAGGUUAUGAGGCUGUGGAAGCUGGUAGUGAUAAAUUGCCAAAUUGGCUAUCUCUGAAUUCUAAAAAUAACAAAUUACAAGGAAUACCAAAUGAUUUAGAUGUUCAGACGGGUUUAAAAAUAGAAUUUAGAAGAAAGGAUAAAAAUGCUAUUGAUGGUAUCACAGAGCAUAAAUAUCUGCAUCUUGAUGUUGUAAGGAAUGUUGAUCCAUUUAUUUGCCCACAUAAAACUAUCACGGUUGCGUCCAUUGUUUUUCAUGAUAAUUUGAACGACUACUCACCAGAAAGACUUGUUAAACAUCUGAGAGUGUUCUCUAACCAACUGGAUUUAAGUAUUCAUGAUUUAUACUUGGAAAAUGGUGACAGAUCUGAAUCUGAUACACUACUGAGUUCGAUGCUUCGAAUGGCUGGUCCUGGUGAUAAGACUAAGGGUGAAAAGACUGGCUAUACCGUAUCAUGGUUGUUAAAAUGCGGGUAUGAUUUAGCUGGUGAUUCAACGGUUGCAACUUUACGUGAUCUAACAGUGAAGGAGGACUUCAAAAAGACAUUCAAGGUUCCUGUUGUUGGCUGGUUUAUCACAUCAACAAAAUCAAAUCGAGCUCGGCGUGCUCUUGGUCGCUCUGCAGGUGUAAAUCCUACCCCAAGCCUUGGUGGUACUCCUACGCUUGGUCCUUCGCCAUCUGCUGUAAAGCCAUCUCCGACAAAGUCUGUUACUAUGAAAAUGACGUCUAUUCCACCAACUAUGCCACCUGUUGUGACAACAGAAGCAACAACAACAACAACAGAAAAGGUUACCACGACAACAACUGAAGCCACAACAGAGAGUACAACAGAAAGCACGUCUUCAGACCCAACAACUCAAACCAUAACUAAAGAAGUUACAAGUGGAUCUACAAAACAACCUACCAUGCCUAAAAAUCGUGGUCCAGUGUUACAGGCUGGACUUGGUACCAUUUCUGUUUAUCAUGGACAAGCAAUAAAUUUUGAGUUGCCCGUGAAUAUGUUUUACGAUCCAGAUGGCGACGAAUUGAACAUUACUUUUACGUACAACAUAAAUGGUGUAAAAGGUGAGAUACCAGUGCCAUCCACGCAUUGGAUCAUAUAUAGCAACAAACACUUUUACAUGCUGCCAGGAAAAGGUCAAAUAGGCAAGCACUAUUACACCCUGACUGCGACUGAUCCUUCAGGUGCUAAAAUUAAUGAUGUGUUUAAAGUCAAGGUGAUGGAAGAUUCAAACUUUUAUAACAACGUGUUCAAUGCUACACUCGAACUCGAUUAUAGCGAUUACAAUAACAGUGUCAAACAUCGUGUGAUGCUUGUGCAAGACCUUGGGAAAGCCAUGAGUGUGAAUUCCGUCGAGUAUUCCUAUAAAAGCCUUCGAAAUUUAAAAUUCAAACCAGGUUCUGUUGUUGUUCAGUGGGGUGUAGAUAGCAACAGUCUGAAAGAGUGCAACAAUGUCGAAGUGCAAAGCUACUUUAAAUUACUGAAAAGCUCAGAGUUUAAAGAUGCCAUGGCUACCACUGCUAUCGUGACUGAUGUCGGUUUUGUUGAAGAAAAGGAAUGUGUUGGAGUAGUGCCUGUUCCGCUCGAGGACGAUGACAAUUUGUUCACGCGCAUCCUUAUCCCUGUCAUUGUAAUUCUUAUUAUCCUGUUGAUCAUAGCCAUCAUCCUCUGUUGCGUCUACCGUCGUAAACGAAAGUACGAGCCUCAGUCAGGUCAGGACGACAGUUAUUUAGAUAAAAAGAAGCCUGUUAUUUUCCUAGAAGAAUACGACGAGAAGCCGGAUUUCGUUAGUUUGCAGCCAUUAAUUCUUCCUCACGAGAAACCGCCAGCUUCAAACUCAUACGAGCCCAGAGCAGGGACUCCAGAUGGGCCAGAGUCGUCCACAUCUGUUUCCACAGAAAGCGAUGAAAGAGCACCACUUGCCCCGCAGUCGCCCAAGGACAGUCAAAGGAAGGCUUAUAACGCCCCUCCGCCCUAUUCUGCUCACCAAUAAUGUUAUUUAGUAAUUAGAAAAGAAGCUAGUAUUAAUUCUUAUAAUGACUCGCUGCAAUGGGUUUCUGAAAAUAAACUUUAGUAGCCACCCUGUUUUUGCGAUCUGGGGCGUGUUUACGUUAUUGAGAAUCGUGAUAUAGAUAUAAACUGCAGAGCUAAGAAGCUAAUACGUCUUUAAAGGCGUUCACGUGUAAACUAUAAUUGCUGUCGUGUUUAGCUAUAAGUUUCUAUUUUCGGGUUGAAUACGUUUUUACUUAUUUGUCGUAGUCAAUCCAUGCGCAUUCUUGUAGCAAUAUUGACUGGCUAAAAUUAAUAUGACGUCACAAGAAAAACAUAUCUUUUGUUAGAGUAAAAAUGUUGGAUUAAUGUUAGUCAAAACUAGUUUGUUUUUUUCUAUAUAUUUUUAUAAUAUUUAAAAUUUGGUUGAAAUUUAAUUUUAUUUGUCAACAUUUAUUUUUUUAUUAUUUUUAUAUGCCUUUACUAUCCCCUUUUCUCUCUUCCUUUUUUUCAUAGCGUCGAUUUUUAAACCAUUUUGGCCAUUAACAACUAAAAAAAUGUUAACAAACGUGAAUCACCGAAAGAUGUUUUAUUUCUUUAUUUCUGUUAGCUUGUCAAAUUAUCUUAUUGUCCAAAAAACCCUGAUAAAAUGUCUAAUGGGUAGUGUGGACAUGUGACACCAUCACUAGCUCUGACUUGUGACACCAUCACUAGCUCACCAGGACUUCGUUUCUUGUGUGCUUAACGCUAAGAACAACUUACAUACAUGCUUUUCGGACAUCGAUUAGCAUAUGUCGUUUAUAUUUAUAUUAUUACUCAUUGUUUUUGUGGUUUUUGUGUUUUAUUUGAUUUGAUCAUGUUACACAUCAAUUUAUACAGCUUGAGGAAAGAUACGCUUACGCCCUCUAUAUUUACAUUAUGAGUUUUGAACCUGUGAAAGUCUUUUACAACAGGCUGGACAAGAUUAUUUUUGCUUUUUGCUUUUCUUGUUUUUUUUGCUUUUUUUUCUAUCUGUACAUUAUUAGUUUGUAUUUUGUACAUAUAAACGUUGUAAAAAGUGUAAACAUGUUUUUUUGUCA